AUGUCAAAAUAAUAAAAAUAUCGUGAGGACAUUUAAUAUUACAACUAAUUUAAAAGGAUCAAUAUUCUAAAAAUAUUGAUUAGCUAAGCUAUCGAAAAUAUGUUCAUUAAAGAGUAUUCUUAAUAAUAAUAUAAUAGUCUAAUUUUUAGCUUUUCUAAUAAUUGA